AUGGAUCCAAGCAAGACGCCCGCCUUCCCUCCCCCACCGGGCGUGACGCCCAACUUCGAGAACCCCCAGCGGUCCGACUAUGACAUCUACUCGGUCAGCAUUGCGAUGUGUCUGACAGGCACAUUUGUGCUGGCGCUGCGGAUGUACACGCGGGGCGUGAUCCUGCGGACGGUGGCUAUAGAUGACUGGUUCUGUAUUGCGGCGCAGGUCUGCGCAUGGAUCUUUGCCAUCCUCGGCUUUGCGAACAUCGAAAACGGUUACGGCUCGCACAUCUGGGACCUGCACCUCGUCAAACUCAAGCCUUUCAAACAGAACGACCUCGCCGCAGAAGACAUGUUCGCCCUCGGCAUCUGGUUCGUCAAAACCUCCAUCCUCCUCUUCUACCUCCGCCUGAACCCCGAGCGCCGCUUCCGCCAAUGGACCUACGGCAUCAUCGCCUUUGUCUUCAUCUACUCGCUCAUCAGCAUCCUCGUCUUCACCUGCGGCUGCAUCCCCGUUACGGCCAUGUGGGACGUGACGCAAAUGGCAACAGCCAAGUGCGUCGACCAGCUGGCGUUCGUGUACGCCAACGCGGCGUUCAAUCUGCUCUCUGACCUGAUGACGCUCAUCCUGCCGAUCAAGCUGUGCUGGGCGCUGCAGACGACAACGAAGCAAAAGGUUCUGCUGUGUUUGGUGCUGGCGAUGGGUUCUUUCGCGUGCGUGAUUGCCAUUGUGCGGAUUGUCACCAUGAUGCCAUUCGUUCAUUCGAUGGAUUUCACCUGGUACAAGGUCACGCUGGCCAAGUGGGCAAUGGUCGAGAUCAACGUGGGCAUCAUCUGCGCCUGUCUGCCUGUUCUGCGGCCGCUGCUGCUGCGGAUCGUCCCUCGGUUGGUGGGAACCAAGAUUUCCAGCACGGAUAAGCACACCGACGAGAGCUACAACAUGCAGGACACGGGAUCCAGGAAGAAGAAGAAGGGCGUCCGGAACUGGGAUUACCUGACGACGGUGGGGACGCAAAAUCCGCGCGAGGACGACGUGGAGAGUAUCAAUGUGCGGCCGAAUGGGAAGAGCGACAGCCAGGAGGGGAUCAUCAUGUCGACUGAGAUGAAGAUUACGUAUCAUUGA